AUGGGGCUUUACAACCGUAAGGACUUUGAAGACUUUCAACGGGACCUGCGGGCAGCGCAGGCAGCUGCAACAGCAGAACCCGCAGCACCAAGCUGUACAACCACGUCCGGGUCAAACGAGAAAGCGCAGGAGAGUCUCCACACGCCAGGCCACAGCAGAGACUUCUUGGCAGAAGGAUUCGCAGAACUCCAAGCUGAAGUUGAGGCGGCGCCGGCUGCUGCCACUAGACGCCUGAUCAAGGGCCAGCGAGUACUAAGAGAACAAGCGCCCGCCGGCCCUUUCAACGACGCUGACAACGGAGUAUUGGCCGAUCUUGUUGAAGAAACGGAACUGUACAAUCAUGUUCCACCGAAGGAAGCGCGCCGGCGAAUCGUGCUUUCGCAAGAGCAGAAUAUGCUGACAGCACAGCUUUCUGCAUGCAAGGAGGACGACGGGGAUUCGGAGCUCGACGACGGGAUUGACCUGGAAAACAGCGAGGAAGAGUUUCGACCGAGAGCCCCCCAGCCAUCCAGAAACAUCCGAGGCGUGAUCGAUGACUCCCCAAUUUCCGAUGAUCUUCACGCGCUGAGACAGAUGGACAUCGAGUUGGACAUCAGGACGGAGGCUGCGGCAAGCAGGGAGGGAGACUUCUUGGCCCAAUUAGAAGCGAAGUACACUGAGAAGCGCACACAGUCCAAGGAAACUAAUGUAAGGCGGAAAAGGAAGCGGACAGGGGGCGAUGAUGAUAGUGCAACGAUGCCGCUUCCGGUGCGUGCCAACGAGGUUGAGGCUGGACAGGAACUUGACCCCGGGACUGAUGCCGAAUUCCGCCCAGGACCGCCAGGCUACCGCCGGGGUGAGGGGUCCAGCAAUCCGAAGCCUCAAAUGGACACGUUCGGCCAGGGCUGGUUCUACAAGAAGGCCGAGGCGCUCGCAUACCAGUCUGACAACGACCAUGCGCUCAUCGUUGCCAGUGACAUCAGCGCCGGCAGCGGGGCCAAGAAAUACACCAGCUUUGCUGACGUGGACGCUCUCGUUGCCUACCUGGAGUGCUUGCGGGCCAGCGAAAUCUCUCCGUGCCUCAACGAGUGCCUCGAACAAGACACCCCCUGCUUGAUGUACUUCGACCUGGACUACUCCGUCCCGGCGCAGGCUGAUGCCGACUUUGAGGAGCGCUCAGGGCACUUCUUCCAGGUUGCGCGCCGCUUCCUCAAGUAG